UCUCCUCGCUGCGCCUCCUCCUCCCCCCCCUCCGCCUGAUGACGGCCUCCAUGUGGCAGGUCGCCCGGCAACAGAGUGUGAAGCAUUAUGGGAUGCUGGAGGACUUUGUUUCCAUGGUGACGGAGGCGGUCCCUCAGCUGCUGACGGACAGGCAGAGGAGGCUGCUGCUGCUGGCUCUCAGGGCAAAGGUGACCCUCAGCGACCCUCAGGUGACCCUCAGCGACCCUCAGGUGACCCUCACUCACCGCUCCGAGGACACGAUGGAUGACGAGACGUCCUCUCUGCAGUCUCUCCUCACGCAGAGUCCUGACGACAGACAGCGCCUCCUGCAGGAAGUGUUCGACCACAGCUUCGACUCCGCCCUCCAGGAGCUCAUCUCUGACUUCCUGUCCCGGACAGAACAGCUGUUUCCUGUUCCCGACUUCAAACAGACGGCCUGCUGGCUCUCUGCUGCCCCCGGAGGUUUUGAGGAGUGUCUGCAGGAGGCGGAGCACCUGAGGGAGCUGCUGACCAAUCAGAGCUGUCGGCUGGGGAAAGCCUCCACCACAGUGAGACAGGACACGGAGAACGUGCUCCUCACAGCCUGGUCCCACCCCCUCCUCAACAAACCGGCCAAUCAGGAGCCUCCUCCCGCCAACAGCCAAUCAGAAGCUCUCCCAGAUGUCCAAUCAGAUCCCCCCACUGACGUCCAAUCAGAUCCUCCCCCUGACGUCCAAUCAGAGCCUCUCUCUCAGGUGAAGGUGGAGGUGCUGGUGCUGAAGGAGGGUCAGGAGGAGACUGUGAUUGGUCAGAGCGAGGAGCAGGAGGCGUCCAAUCAGAGCGCAGCAGGGGGCGGGGACUCAUGGGACAUCACACCUGUGAUCGUGGAGGUGCACAGGCUGAAGGAGUCACCUGGAGACUCUGCCGACCAAUCAGAGGACACAGGGGACCAAUCAGAGGACACAGGGGACCAAUCAGAUCAGAGCCCUGAGGCCCCGCCCCCCCGUGUGUACAGAGCGUCUCCCGCUCAGCGCGUCGCUCACAAGUGUCCUCGCUGUGGGAAGUGCUUCAUCUACAGAUCCCAGGUGAUUCGUCACCUGAGCACCAGCAAGUCGUGCAGCUCAGCGUUAAGGCGCGCCUCCUCUACGCAGGCUCCGCCCCCUGACACAGAGCCCCGCCCCCUCCCCUCAGGGCCCCGCCCCCCCCCGCUCUCACUCCUGCUUCCAGUGCAGCGCCUCCUUCAGGUCGCAGGCGGAGCUGCGCAGCCACCAGCGCAGCCAUCGCAGCCGCACGCUGUUCAGCUGCAGCUCCUGUGAGCGCACCUUCACACACCUGUCCAGCCUCACCGCUCACACACUCACACACACACACUCUGCGGGGGAGUUCAGCUGCCCCACCUGCAGCCAGGUGUUCCCCACAGCCCGGCAGUGUGACGCCCACCGGCUGCAGCACCGCCCCCCCCCCCCUCACCUGCACUGUGUGUCCGCUGAGCUUCAGCUCUCAGAGCCGCCUCCUCAGACACCUGCAGACGCACUCUGCUGAGGGGGCGGAGCUUCAGUUCAGCUGCCGCUUCUGUGACCUCACCUUCCCAGGUGUGACCCAGCUGAGGAUCCAC